UAUGAAAUUUGAAUCCCGUAACUUUCAAUCUCCUGUUCUCGAACCCGAACCUUUCUUCGGCGCAAGGAUGGUCCUUCCUCAAGAGAUUCUUGAUCGCUUCGUCGAUGAACUUGGAGCUGAAGAACCAAGACGUCUGCAUCGUACAGCACUCAGAUCAUGUCUUUUCGUCUCCCAUUCGUUUCGACAACGCGCAUUAAUUUCUCUAUGCAGUGUCGUUCUCAUCGCACCCAACUCAUUAAAGGAUGCGCCGAAGAAGCUGUCAAGUCUUCGCCAAGUAAUAUCACCGACCCCAGGAACUCGGCUUUUGGGCAUCGGCCGUUAUAUCAAGAAGAUCGCCUUUAUGUUCUCUUUGCAAGGCAGUCGUUCAUCGAUAUUCACUGAGGCCGCAGGAUUACUAUCCCGGGAAGAUCUUACCGUUAUUUUGAACGCUCUUCACGGUGAAGAUUAUGGGAUUGAAACCCUGAACUUCCAUCUGGUGUCUCACGAAAUCUGGCCAGACGGCAUCGCCAGUAUCACGAAGCCCAUCCUAUCACUCAUCGCCUCUCCGUUUCUGCGCUCUUUAGCUAUCACACACUUCAAGAAUAUCCCAGUUAAUUUUAUUGACGAUACUCAGAUCACCCGUCUCAGUCUGAAAGGCGUCAACUUCAAGCAGGCAACAGCGAUCGCACAGGGGCGACGUCCACCAAUAAAAACCUUCUCAUCCAAUUCCCGAAUCCCUGACUCCUUCAACGAUACCCCUUCAAAUUCCCUUUUCCGCGAGCUGAAGAGCUUCUCAAUUGUCUGCGAAACGGCGGACCAUUUCACCAACGCGCGGCAAAUUCUCGCGGCCGCGUCGCAGACAGUGACCCAUGUUGACCUCUCUGCCUAUAGCCCAGUAACCUACGAUGAGCUAUUCGACCUGAGCCUCCUUCCCAAUCUCGCGUCGUUGGAUCUCGCGGAUGGGACUUCGACGUCGUCUGUCUUCCCGCAUAAUGGACACCAGUCUAUUUCCUUUCUCACCGCUAUGCUCGACGUCCAGCGUCUCGUCGCCAAUCUCGCGAAGCUUACCCUCCUCGUGCAUCUGUCUGGGGAUGCUUUUAAUGACACUGAUUUUUCCAACAUCCUUACUUCCGAACCGCACUCUGAAUGGGAACGACUCGACAGAAUACUCACGGGAUCUCACUAUCCAUCUCUCACGUAUCUGAAGCUCUCAUUUUUCUUCGAGGUCCGUUUCCAAGCCACGGACCAAGUACCGGAACCGGGACAGGAUUUUGACGAAGACACCUUCAACGAUCUGGGUACUGCGCGCGUUAAGGAGUUAUUUCCACGCCUUAGCAAGCACAGUCAGAUUGCAGUUACUGUUGAGAACGAUGUACGACUGAGAUA